AUGAAGAAAAGAAAAAACAUAACCUAUUAAGUUGUAUUUUGAGAGCUUUUCACCUUUUUUGAUAAUAUAUCGAGGAAACUUUACUUAAAUGCACGCAUAAGUAAUAUGGUUAGACUUAAGAAUAGAUAUAUCGUGAUAGAAGUAAACCAAGUAGGAAAAUCUCAGACUUCCGCUUUUAAGCUAAGAGAACAAUCUAUUCACGAAACUAUUUUAAGCGAAGUUGAAAAAAUCCACGGUGAUUUCGGAGUAGCGUCAAUCAGACCAGGUUUUACAAGCAAAUAUUUGAAUGAACACACAAGAGUGGCAGUCAUAAGAAUCAGAAGAGGUCCCCACAAAUUCGUAUCGUCAAUUAUUCCGCUUAUCAAGUAUAUAGACGGGAAACGCGUUAUUGUUAAUACAUUGUAUUUAGGCGCUACCAUAAAACAUUGUUUUUUCUUUGUGAAGACAUACCAACAAAGGAAGUUUGAUGAGUAUUGCACAGGGUUGAAGACUGAAGAAGAACGGAAUCAAUUGAAGGAGGUUAUGUUGAAUUUUGAUAAUAUCCUAGAGAAGGUAAGUAGGUAAGUCAAUAAAAAUGGCUACAACUGUUGCUACUUGUGUUGAGGAACCAAUUAUUGUUAUUAAUAAUAAUAAUAAUAAUAAUAAUAACAGUUCGAGAACUAGUUUGGAGAAGAUUGAAAGUUUCAUCAAUGAGGCAGCUUAUAAGGAGGCACUCGAAAAUUCGAGCAAUUACAAUAUGCGACUCAACAUUGAAAGAAGGUUACGACUGCCAUUCAUUGAUACCCAAACAGGGGUAGCACAGAAUCAUUCAUCGCUAUUUAUGGAUCGAAGGCAGCGCAUUCCUGGUUUGCUUCCAGGGCAGAUAUACUCCUAUCCUAGGCAGAGAUGGAGAAAAAAGCGUCGGCAGUAUUUGUUGAUGAGUGCCCGGCCCUUUAGAGCUGAUUAUUUAUUGAACGGUUCUGAAGGGGAUAUACAUAAUAUAUCACAAAUGGAGAACCCUGCAUUACAGGAUACAGACAGCAAGGAUAGCCAGUUGCUUAAAGAUGAUGUACCAAAAGAUUGGUACUAUGAUGAAUUAGAGAUGGAUCCUUAUGAUGAUCCAGAUCCUGAUUCUGAUUUCGAUUAUGAAGAAAGUUAUAAUAGUAAGAGACGUAGAGGUCGCGGUCGAGGCGGUAGAGGGCGCGGUGCUAAUACUUUCGACACCCCAGGAACUCCAGGUAGAAAAAAAGGCAGUGGUCGAGGAAGGGCGAAGAAAUCUGGGCAUAAUUUCGAAACGAUUCCUGGAGAUCCGGAUAAACCGAUUGUAGUUGAGCGCGUGCCUGGCAGAAGAGGUCGUCCGCCGAAUUUGCCUCCUAAUUUACCGCCCCGGCAGGCUUCGCCGUUGGUCGAGGAACCCCAGAUGCCUGUGUUGAUUCCAGAAAAAGGUGCUGUUACAACUGGAACUGUCGAAACUGCAGAGAAUCCCGGACCGUCUGUCCCGGCAGAUUCGACGAAAAAAGGAUCGAGUCCUUACUGCGAUUUCUGCUUGGGCGACUCCACCGAGAACAAAAAGACGGGAACGCAGGAGGAGUUGGUGUCUUGUUCGGAUUGCGGACGUUCCGGGCAUCCCACCUGUUUGCAGUUCACUGAUAACAUGAAGAUAUCUGUGAAGACGUACCGUUGGCAGUGCAUCGAGUGCAAGUGCUGUUCGGUGUGUGGAAAUUCUGAAAAUGAUGACCAGUUGCUGUUUUGUGACGAUUGCGAUCGCGGUUAUCACAUGUACUGUUUGAGCCCGCCUUUGGUAAACCCGCCAGAGGGCUCCUGGUCGUGCAGCGUGUGUAUUGAUAAAUUCCAUAAAUAGUAGUUUUUAUAGGUUUCUUGAUUUUUUCGGUUAGGUAUCGCAAUGGAGCUGAAAAACAUGGUAAAUAUCUGUUUUUAUUUGAAGUAUUUCGACCAUUACAAAAUAAACUUUAACAAUUAAACAUUUUACUCAUGACAUGUGUACUCAUUCUAACAUAAAAAAUGCUAUCUUUCAUCAAAUAUUAAAAUCUUAUUUUUGUAGGAGUGACAAGUAUACUCACCAUUAUAAAAUAAGGAUAUUCAUCCUAAUUUUUCAUUACUAGUAUACCUGACAACACAUAUAACGCAAGUGCUUCACGAAGGAUAUAUUCAUCAUAUUGCAACAAUUUCAAUUUAUUUACGAGGUUUUCAUGACAUAAAAAAACUGCAAUUUUUUCACAAUGAAUGCAACAUAUGCAAAUUUUUACAAUAGAAAAUAAAGGUAUUCUGAAAUUUAAAAAUUAAAACAAAACUUUUUAGGCAUGAAUCAAUCAAUCAAUCAAUAUAUGUUUAUUGUCAAAGCUACAAGAACUUAUAGACAAACACUUAUAAAUAUAAUUAUUAUGUAGUACUAACAAUUACAUGCAUAAAAAUUUAAAAAUUGUAUAAAAACGUUAAAUAUAAAAUUAGAGGUUAAUUACAAAUACAAAUACGUAACACAACAUCGAUAAAAUUAUAUAAAUACAAAUGAAAGAGCCCCUUACCAGUUCAGAUUUGGGUAUGGGCAACCGCAGGUUGUCAACUUGUCGCGUUAGCCGAGCGUUAGUAUUGACAUAGUUCGAUUUAUUUUUAUGUAUAAUACAAGUGGUUUCAAGAAUGAACAACGAUGUUAAUGUUAAAAUUUCAUGUCUAAUAAAAUGUGGCUGACAUGACUCAAGCUUGUUCAUUCCACAUAAAAAUCGUAUUGCUCUCUUUUGCAGACAAAAAACAGUAUUGAAUAAUUCGCGGCUGCAACCUCCCCAAAAUGCA